UCCUGAGGCUCGGGCCGCGUGGAUUCGCCUGCUGCGGGCUCGGUUGCAGCAGCUGCUGCUGCGAUGACCAAAAUAAAGGCAGAUCCAGACGGGCCGGAGGCUCAGGCGGAGGCUUGCCUCGGGGAGCGCACUUACCACGAGCUGCUAGUGAAUCUGAACCCCAUCGCGCAGCCCCUGGCUUCUCGCCGUCUCACGCGGAAGCUCUACAAAUGCAUCAAGAAAGCUGUGAAGCAGAAGCAGAUUCGGCGCGGGGUGAAGGAAGUUCAGAAAUUUAUCAACAAAGGCGAGAAAGGGAUCAUGGUUUUGGCAGGAGACACGUUGCCCAUUGAGGUAUACUGCCAUCUCCCGGUUAUGUGCGAGGACCGCAAUUUGCCCUACGUCUAUAUCCCCUCCAAGACGGACCUGGGGGCAGCCGCAGGCUCCAAGCGCCCCACCUGCGUGAUCAUGGUCAAGCCCCACGAGGAGUACCAGGAGGCUUAUGACGAGUGCCUGGAGGAGGUGCAGGCCCUGCCCCCACCCAUGUGAAGGACUCGGGCACUUGCUCCGGAAGUGGUUGGUCUGGCAGUGGGCCAGCUGGUUGUCCUCCUGCGGCCUGUGUCUGCGCAUUGCCCUGGUCCCCUGCAGCAUGUCUUCUUCCCGGGCAGCUCCACCGGCUCUUUUGUGAAGGCAUAGCCGGAAUGUUCCGUUGAGCAUUGGUGAAGACCACUCCGAGGGUAUAGUGUGGGGGAAGUAAACACUAAGACUAAAAGGU